AGCACGUUCGGCGUGAUAAUUUGAAUAAUAUUUGAAUGUUAUUUAAUCAAAUAUUUAUUUCAAAAUGUCAAGAAAAGUGAUAAAUAACAUGGGCAGGUGCUCUCAAAUUUUUCAGCCGGUGAAUAUUGCACCGAAAGAUGCACCGGUGAAAGCCGACGUUUCAAAAAGUUAUAAACACAUGGUGGAUGCUGGAAUAAUAAGGAAAGCGAGUACUGGAAUGUACACGCUUUUGCCUUUAGGUUUACGAGUCUUAGAAAAACUUACUGACAUAGUCGACCAAGAAAUGUUAAAAGCCGGAGCUCAAAAAAUUCUUCUCCCUGCCCUGACUUCGGAAAAAUUGUGGAAAAAGACUAAUAGAUUAACACAAGCUGGACGAGAAUUAUUCACGCUUCGUGAUAGGCAUAACAAUAGUUAUGUUUUAAGUCCAACUCACGAAGAAACAGUGACGGAUCUCAUAUCGAUUGUGGGACCUCUCUCUCCAAAAUCGCUACCUUUGAGACUUUAUCAAAUAUCCAGUAAAUGGAGGGACGAAAUGAAACCCCGGCUUGGUUUUAUAAGAGGCAGGGAAUUCAUUAUGAAAGAUUUAUACACAUUUGAUGCUGGACCAGAGGAAGCAAAAAUCACUUAUGAUAUUGUUAACAAAGCCUACGAAAAUAUUUUCAAACAAAUUGGGGUUCCGUUCACAAAAGCUCUCGGAAGCACCGGAAUCAUUGGAGGUUCAAUGUCUCACGAGUAUCAUUAUUCCACGGAUGUUGGCGAAGACACUGUUCUUUCCUGUUCGCAAUGUGAUUAUCAUGUGAAUGAGAAUGCUACAGAAGAAUCAAUUUGUCCUUCGUGUAAAAGUUCACUCGUUAAAGAUAAUACGAUAGAGGUGGGCCAUACAUUUCUUUUGGAAACAAAGUACUCAGAACCUCUCCAUGCAACUUAUCACAGUGGUCACGGACAUAAACCUUUAUCAAUGGGAUGUUACGGUCUCGGAAUGACUCGCUUAAUAGCCGCAUCAGUUGAAGUUUUAUCAACGGAUCAAGAACUUAGAUGGCCAGUUGCUCUGGCACCUUACACUGUUUGUGUAAUUCCGCCAAAGGCUGGAAGUAAAGAAGAAAUAGCCUCGCCCCACGUGGAAAGAAUUUGUGAGAUCCUCUCUCAAUCAAACGUCGAUUUCAUCAUCGACGAUAGAACGAAUUUGACGAUCGGCAAUCGUUUAAUAUACUCCCGAAAAUGUGGAUUUCCAUUUGUGAUAGUAAUCGGUAAAUUAGCAACAGGCUCGUCUCCUCUUUUCGAAUUUCACGAUUUAACUAGUCCCAAGCGCGAGGACGUGAGUAUCGAGACAUUAUUUAGUUUUUUCAACAAUCAGGAUACAAAAAGUACUGAGGAAAUAAAAAGAGAAGCUACGAUUGCUUCAUAAAUGUUUCGAAAUUAUGUCAAGAAUCUUGAGUUAGCGAAACUAACUAAACAUCUUUAAGUUAUAAUGAAUUAAAUUCGUUUGCGUUUUAUAGAAAUGAUUUUGUAUUUACACCAAUAGAUAUUUACAUGAAGUAUUAAAUAAGAUUUGUAAAAUACGAGUUAUAUAAAAGUAGCAAAUGUAGAUAACUUACGAGGCUUACGUAUCAAUUAUCUUAGAUUAUUAGAUUUAAAGUUUCUUAUCUAUCUAUUUAACCCUUAAAGGGCAUUCUGGGUGUAAAAGACCCUGAAACUUGUUUGCGCUUUAACAAAACGUACCAAAU